AUGUCAUCCGGCAAGUCAUCCAGCAAGUCACCCAAACGCAAGGAGGAUGUCGAAAAGCCGGUGCUAUCAUUGACUCUCCAGCAAAUACAACCUCGAAACCCUCCACAGAGGUGCUGGCUGAACUGGAAGCAAGAUGAUGUGCCUAGACAGGGAAUGCGUCGUGCUCCCUUCGCACAACCAGAGCCCCCCAAGUUCAUUAAUCCCGAGGUCGACACCGAUCUCAUGGAGGCUUUCAAGGCUUACCAUGACGAUCGUUGGUCUAUUCCAGCCCUCACAUAUAAAAAAAGAAGUGGCACGACCGUCAUCAUCAAGAAGGCCCAGGCCUUCGAACGGCGCUAUGCUCUCGACGGACGAGAGAUUUCGCGCCUGGGGAUCCGUAUGCAGCUCUACUACACCCCCGACCCGUCCCGGCCCGGGCCUGCAUUCAAUCCCUAUGGAAAGCUGCCCGGUCCGCUUGACCCUCGCGUCGUUGGCCCUUUCGUCGAGAAACCUGAAGCCAAGCAACCUUCCGGUCGCCAAACGCCAUCUGCAGCCGAAUCUUCCGGUCAUCGAACACCACCGACAGCCAAAUCUUCCUGUCGUCGAACACCACCUGCGGCCAAAUCUUCCGGUCACCGAACACGCCGCAUACCGGUCCACGUGUCGAAAUCCCGCGCGAGAGAAUUCCGCAAGAAGGCGGCGAAGGUCAAGGUCACGACGUCGCACGGCUGGCGGGACGAGAGGCCCAGCCAGAUCACGCUCCGGCGUAUGGCCGCGGCCCAGACGCAGGAGGAGGCUCUGCAGUCGGCUGGUGAUUCGGACUGGGAGGCGACGAGCGACAGCAAGAGCGAGAAGACGGCCGGUGACGACAGCAAGAGCGGGGGGUUGGCCGGUGACGAGCGUAAGAGGGACCAGGAACGAGCGCUACUGCGGCUGUUCUGCGGCAUGUGA